AUGGCUGCCGCGUUCCAACAACAGAUAUUUGCGCUGGAUGCACGGUUCAAUGCGUACAGAGCUCCAAAUAAUCCUAAUUUCAAAACCCUGUACAUUCGUCGACGAAGCCAACUGUUGAGAGAAAACGCAAAAUUUAAGGAUAUAGAAACUAUAAAGAAGUACAUAAAUGUAAGGAGUCAGCUGCUGCAGCGUCGGUAUGGAGUACAGGAUAACAUCUCCAUCAGCUCAUCAUCUUCUCGCCCACGGUCUAGCAGCAAGGCAAGUAUUUUGGUAGAAGAGAGUCCGUCCAACUCCAAUUCAAAGCGGAAGAAUGACAUGACAAUAUCAGAGAACUAUGCAUUCUCCGGAGUACAUCAUAUAUUUGAUCAGCACACAGAACAAGUAAGCGUAGUAAAGUUUGCGAAUAACGACCGCUCCAAGUUGUGCUGCGGGUCGGACGAUGGGACUGUGUCCAUCUGUGACGUCACUGCUACGCCGCCUCGAGUGUCCUUCAUACUGGAUGGACACACUAAACCUGUAACUGGCUGCGACUGGUCAGCGUCCAACGAGUUGCUGGUGACAUGCGCAUUGGACGGAGCUCUCAGCUUAUGGGAGGUAUCAGCUCGCAGGCGACUUCGUGCCGUACCCGACCAGCUGGGAGCCCCACUGCUAUGCUGUGUGUUCCAACCAGCUAACAAUAACAUGGUUAUUGCUGGCAAUGCAAGAGGAAUGGUGGAGGUACUGAAUAUAUCAACUGGAAUAUAUCCCAGAGGUGGCAGCAGUAUCCUAGGCGGGCGAGUGCUCUCCAUAGCUUGCGAGUCUAGCGGUAGAAUGUUCUGGGCCGCCAACGACAAAGGUGUGAUAGUGAGCUACCGCAUGGACAGCGCGGGCGGCGGGCUGAGCAAGCUGCGGCGCUGCAUAGUGGGCGGCGCCGUCACCUGCCUCAGCUGGAGCCCCUGGCUUGCACGCCAUCCCGCGCUGCUUGUCAGCGCUGCCGAUAACUCGCUUUAUCUCUUUAGGAUAAUAGACCGCGAAGGCAACCUGCAGUUAAAGAAACGUUUCGAAGUGCUCCACACACAGCACAGCGUGAAGUCUACGUUCUGUCCUAUAAUGUCGUUCCGGCGCGGCGUGUGCGUCGUCAGCGGCAGCGAGGACUCCUGCGUCUACUUCCUCGACAUCGAGGGACAUGCGGAGCAUCCUGUCGUUAAUAAACUGCAAGGUCACGCGUCCCCCGUGAUUGGAGUCAGCUUCAGUUAUGACGAGAGCUUGCUGGCGACAAGCGACGUCACCGGGCUCGUCAUCAUAUGGAGGAGGAGUUGA